AUGCAGAAGGAUUUCCCUGAGCUAGGACUGACCGAGAAGGACUGCACUGAGAUGAGCUGGAUCAAAUCAGUGAUGUACAUUGCCGGAUUCCCAAACAGUGCAGCACCAGAAGCUUUACUAGCCGGUAAAUCAUUGUUCAAGAAUCACUUCAAAGCCAAAUCAGACUUUGUGAAAGAGCCAAUUCCAGUAGAAGGCUUAGAAGGAUUAUGGAAGAGGUUUUUAGAAGAGGAUUCGCCUUUGACGAUAUGGAACCCUUACGGAGGAAUGAUGUCGAGGAUCUCCGAGUCAGAGACACCUUUCCCUCACAGGGAAGGGACGUUGUUCAAGAUUCAGUGGCUAAGCACUUGGCCAGAUGGGGAAGCGAGUGAGGCCAAGCAUAUGAAGUGGAUUAGGGAAAUUUAUUUUGUCAUUUAG